CGCAGAAAAGGGUGGGAGAGGCGACCCGGGGAGCCCGAACCCAGGCCGCGAGGCGUGAUUGGGAGAAGUCGCGUUGUGGGAUGAAUCCAAAGGCCCGGCGAGCAGGCAAGACGCGGCGUGUUGCGUGAUGCCAAUGCUGGCGGGAGGCCGAGAGCACUUGGUACGUACCUGGUCGUCCAGAUAUAAGAUGUGCCCAGCGCUGUCCGCAGUCCCAUAGGUAUCCGGCUCUUGUGGUUGUUGCCAAGAAAAAGAGGGUAAAGACUACAUAUCGACGAACCAUCGCGACCCCUCCGCGCGCAACUGUCCCACCCACCCCCCGUCUGUCGGUAGAAACCGCCCCCGUGACGUCUCCCACUAGCUCACCAGUGGCACUUCCUUCUCCCCCCCCCUCGCAAACAUGGGCUUCAAGGCCAUCAUCGUCGGCGGCGGCGUCGGCGGGCUGACGCUCGCAAACGUAUUCGAGCAGCUCAACAUCGACUAUGUCCUCCUCGAGGCGUAUGGCGACUUCACGCCCGAGGUCGGCGCCAGCAUCGCCAUGCUGCCCAACGGCCUGCGCAUCCUGGACCAGAUCGGCUGCAGGGCCGCCUUCAGCGAGGGCGUGCACCCCAUCCAGACCGUCCGCGUCACCCGCCAGGGCGUGCUGGCCGCCACGGUGGAGGACUGGAGCACCAGGCUCAUCCAGAGGCAUGGCCAGGGUGUCGAGUUCCACGACAGGCGCAUCCUCCUACAGGCGCUCCUGGGCGGCGUCAAGAACAAGGAGAGGCUGCUCCUUAACAAGCGCGUCUGCAAGGUCACCACUGACGAGGACCGCGCGACCGUCGAGACGGCCGACGGCCACAGGUACGAGGGCGACGUCGUCGUCGGCCUCGACGGGAUCAGGUCGACGGUCCGCAACGAGAUGCGGCGCCUGGCCGCCGAGCAGUCGCUCGGCUACUUUCCGGACGACGAGUGGAAGCGCGUUCCGAUCGAGUACAGGUGCAUCUUCGGCAUAGGCAAGGGCAGCAAGUACCUGCCUCCCGGCUCAAGCACCCAGGUCAUCCACCAGGGCUGCUCCUACCUGGUUCUCGGCGGUCCUCCCGGGAAGACCUACUUCUUCCUGGUGGAGAAGCUGCCCGAGAUUAUCUAUGCCGACAAGACGCCCAAGUACAGCGAGGAGGAGACCAAGGCUUUUGUCGACAGCCACCGCAACGACAUGAUUAUCGAAGGUUGCAGCUUCGGUGACGUGUUUGACAACCACACCUCGUUCGGCAUAACCCCCCUGCACGAACACGCCUUUGAGAAGUGGCAUUACGGGCGGAUAAUCACGCUCGGUGAUGCGGCGCACAAGGUCAACCCCAUCGCAGGACAGGGCGGCAACGCGGCCAUGGAGAGCGUGGCCGCCUUUGUCAACAACCUCAAGGAGCGCCUCGACGCCCUCCCCAGCCCCUCGGCCAGCCUGUCCGCCGCCGACAUCCACGCCGUCUUCCGUGACACGCAGGACCAGAGGCUCGAGCGCGCGCGCGAGGUCGUCACGUACUCGCGGACGGUGCAGAAGACGUACGCCAGGGAGGGCAAGUUGGGUAUGCACAUGACGCACCUACUACCGCUACUGCUCAGCCAGGAGAAGCUGCUGGAGUCGUGGGCCGCCAUCCACGCCAACGCUGUCAAGGUCGAGGCCCUCCCCGAGGUGUUCCGGCCGCACUACGUCCCCUUCACGUCGGAGCUGCCCGCCAAGCCGAUCCGGAACGCCAAGGCCGAGAGGGCCGUGACGGCGCUGGCGCUGGGCGGGCUCACGUGGCUGGCGGGCCACGGCGUCAGGAAGAUGGGCCCGCUGCCCGAGGCCAUGCUGGGGCAGCCGUUCAGGAAGACCUUUACGGGCCUGGGCGUCGACCGCAUCUUCAGCCUGCUGACCAAGAUCUUCGCCGUCAGCCUGGCGAGCCCCGUGCCGGAGCAGCGCCUGCAGCUAGUGUACUUUGUGCCCAUGCUGGCGCCCACGGUGCUCAUCUGGCUGGUCGAGGCACACCGGAGGGGCAACUCGCAGACGCUUCUGGGCCGCCUUUUGACCUGGCCCGGAUUCACGGCGGUCCUGUACCAGCUCCUCACCGUCGCCCGCGUCGGCCCCGCCUACUUCCUCUCCACCCUCCUCAUCACCCUGGGCCCGCUCUACCACCGGACCGGCGCCCGGUCCGUCGACCCGGACGUGGCGCGCGCCCUCCUCCCCGCCGUCGCCCUCGGCUACGUCGUGCCCUCGGCCCUCAUGCUCCUGCCCGCGAGCAUUACCGGCGCGGCCAGGUGGCAGGACUUUAUCACGCUGUGGCAGGUGGCGCCCGUCGUCGUCGGGCCCAUCACCUCGCUCAUCGCCUCGGGCAUCCGCCGCGUCCGCCGCGCCUUGAGCAAGGCCGACGAGCCCAACCCGGAGCUCGAGAUGUACAAGAACAAGGACGUGCCGCACCUACUGACGGCCUACAAGGCGGCCGCCAUCGGCACGGCCGCCGUGCACGUCGGCUUCCUGGGCUACGUGCUCUCGUCGCCGACGCUGUCGCUGCCCAAGAUCUUUGGCGAGAUGCCGUGGCCGUGGUCGCCCGCGGGCGCGCGCUGGGAGGUCGGGCUGGCGGCCCGCGAGGUGGCCUUCGCGCUCUUCAAGCGCGACCUGUUCGGGUUCGCGGCCGCCAACCUGGUCUGGUGCCUGCACAGCGUCUUCGACAUGCGCCGCCUCGGCUACGUGACGACGGCCGAGGCGGCCAGGGCGGCGCUCGCGGUGCCCGCGUCGCUGCUGCUGCUGGGGCCCGGCGCCAUGUACGCCGGCACGUGGUACUGGCGCGAGAGGACCAUUGCCGGCCUGAGCAGGAUGGAGGCUGGCGAUGAGAAGAAGAAGCAGUAGGGGGGUGCUUUUAUUACGUCUUGAGGGGGAUGUACAAAUACCUGGAACCUAGAGCAUGGAUGGUGCAUAAAAUUUACUUUGUAGCGAGUUCGAAUUGUGCCCAAGAUACGUUUCUUUCCAAUGCUCCAAGUAUCCAAAAGGUGCCGUUCCUGUCCGC